ACAACUAGCUGCAUCAACAAAUUAUUUUUUAAUUCAGUGCAGAAAUUAAUGUAAAAACUCUAAAGUAGUUUUUGAUAAAAACGAGGUUCAUUUUUGGUAAAACAAUGAUGGAGACGGCGCCCACCGCUGACUUGGUGUAUCAGGGCAUAUGCACACUCUUUCACAACACCAAUCCCAAAGAAAAGGAGAAGGCCAACAAAUGGUUGGAGGAGUUUCAGAAAUCAAUAUAUUCAUGGACAAUAGCUGAUGAAUUGUUGCAGCAAAAGAGAGACUUGCAUUCAUGCUAUUUCGCUGCCCAGACUAUGCGUAACAAAAUACAAAACUCGUUUAAUGAGCUGCCAUUGAAUUCGCACGAAUCCCUUAGGGAUUCCUUGAUUGUGCAUGUGGGGCAAAUUACGGACGAAACAAACUCCAUCAUUGUAACACAAUUGUGCUUGGCGGUGGCAGACUUGGCUUUGCUGAUGGCAACAUGGAAACAGCCAGUGAUCGAUUUGUUGGAUAUGCUGUCGACGCAACCUCAAUCCGUGUGGCCACUUCUGGAAAUUCUAACUUUAAUACCGGAAGAAAUUGACUCAAGAUAUUUGAGGUUGGGUGCCAAUCGCCGCGAGGAGAUACAUAAGCAAUUGGAUGCAGCUGCUCCAAAAGUGUUGGAAUUCCUGUGUUUGUGCAUGCAGCAUGGUGAUACAAUUCAAGAAAAGAUCAUCAACUCCACUUUGCGCUGUUAUUGUGCCUGGGUUGCCAUACAAGCAAUUCCUCUGCAGCAAUCGGCACAAAAUCCUCUCACCCAGCAAGUUUUCCGUCUUUUGAGUAUGGAUACUACUUCGAGAAAGUUACACGAUACCUCGACCGAAUGCCUGUGUGCGCUGCUAAGCUGUAUGGAAGCGAAUAGUGGGCGUGAUGUACUGGAUCCUCAGCUUAAGAUGCAAAUAUUUAAUGCAGUCUGCAUGCUUGAAUCUGCUUACCAUACAUCGGUCGGCAUGGAAGAUAUAGACAAGACUAUGAAUUAUUGUCGCAUAUUUACGGUGCUGUGCGAAGCCUUUUUCUAUGAAAUGUUCGCCAACGAAGACAUACCUCAUUAUUCGACUAAGGGCUUGGAUCUGGUGUUGAUUUGUGUGGGCCACUAUGAAUAUGAAGUGGCGGAAAUUACUUUUAACCUUUGGUAUCGCCUAAGUGAAGAGCUUUUUCAGCGCAACAACGACAAACUGACAUCACACUUUACCCCGCACAUAGAACGAUUGCUGGGUGCACUAUAUCGUUUGACACAAAUGGAACCUGAUCAAGAGGGACUUAUAGAUGAGAAUGAUGGCUUUAAUGAUUUUCGACGAAAGGUUUCCGAUUUAAUAAAGGAUGUGGCUUUCAUUGUGGGAUCUGGAAACUGCUUUAAGCAAAUGUUUUACAAACUUCAAGAGCCUGGUUGUACCUGGGAAUCAACUGAGUCUGCAUUGUUUAUCAUGCAAAAUGUGGCUAAAAACAUAAUACCUGAUGAAAACGAAGUUAUACCUAAGGUGGUUGAGGCAAUUCUAAAUCUUCCCGAAAACACGCACAUUGCGGUACGCUAUACCUCCAUUAUGCUGUUAGGAGAAUUAUGCGAUUGGAUAGAAAACCACGCAGAAAGUCUUCAGGCUGUAUUAAAUUUCCUACUAUUCUCAUUGCAACAAAAGAAUGGUUUAGCGGGAGCAGCGGCCAUUGCUUUGACCUCGAUUUGUGCUUCGUGUAGACAAAAAAUGGUAUUUCACAUUAGUGGUUUGGUUGAAAUAGCAAGAAGUUUGGAUAGUUUUGAAAUUGGCAAUGAUCUGGCCAUUGGCCUACUCAAGGGUAUAUCAUUGAUACUGUCUAGGUUGCCCAAAGGCCAGCUGGAGUCGGCGAUGAGAGAAAUUAUAUCAUUUCAAUUGCAGCCACUAGCAAUAAUGGUGGAAAGUCCCGCCACAGCAAACACAAUUUGUAAAGGAGAACGUACUGACCCCGCCUACUGGGUAGAUAGAGCCUGUGCAGUUAUACGUCAUACCAACCCCGACGUACCAGAUAGCGAAAUACAUCCCACUUUAAAUAUACUGACGGAUGCCUGGCCUCUUAUAUCACGUGUUAUGGAUAAAUAUCAAACGGAUGUGCGCGUUAUGGAACGCACCUGUCGACUCAUACGUUACAGUGUGCGAAUGGUGCGAAAACAAGCCUCUAUGCUAGUAGAACCACUUAUACAUCAAAUGGUGACUCUGUAUGCUUUGCACCACCACAGCUGCUUUCUGUAUUUGGGCUCUGUGCUGGUGGAUGAGUUCGCCAAGGUGGAGGAUUGCAUCAAUGGUCUCUUGGUAAUGUUGAAAUCUUUCAUUGAACCCACUUUCAAAAUGUUGCAAGUAGAAAACGGUUUAAAGAAUAAUCCUGACACAGUGGACGAUUUCUUUCGUUUGUGCUCGCGUUUCAUUGACUGUUGUCCUUUGCCAUUUUUGCAAAGUUCCCUGGUAACGCCUAUAUUUCAAUGUGCUCUUUUGGCUUGUACGCUGGACCAUCGCGAAGCCAACUCCUCAGUUAUGAAAUUUUUCGUAAAUCUCCUGAAAUGGGGCCGCAGCAACAAUUACAAAUUAGCCGAAUGUAAGCCACUGGUCAAGGAAAUAGCCGAACAAAAUGGUGAGGCCCUAGUUAUUAAUCUUAUACAAGCAUCAGUAUUUUGCUUGCACUCAUACAUGCUGCCCGAUGUGGCGGAUGUGUUGACCGAAUUGAAGGAUGUCAUAUCACCAGAGCAGAUGGAGGCGUUUCUCAAAACAGCAUUACAAAGUUUGCCAAAGAAAAACACUGGAGGUUAUGUGACGGCCACAGAUGCACAACUACUUGAAUUUAAGGAAACAGUUAUGAAAUCAACAACCACCAAAUCAGUCACUUUGGCUUUGAAGACGUUUACCCGAUUAUAUCGCUAAAUUUAAAAAUAUUUAAAUUUAUAUGUGUGCGUUACUACUACUGCUACUCUAUUUAUGCAAUCAGCAAUAUGAGUAAUAUGAAAAACAAAACAACUUUAAUUGGACUUUGACAAAAGAAAAAAACGACAAAAAAGAAAUUCUCAAAGAUUUUAAAUAUUUUAAUUUAAUGUGUAAAUUUUUAGUUGUAACAUUUAUACUUUUUAAUUUAACAAAAAUUGAAUUUGUUAAUGUUUGUUUUUGAUCAUGAAAGCAACCGGCAAAUUAAAAGUAAAUGCAACAUAUUUUUUAGUUAUACCUUAGCAUAUAGGAAAUAAUCAAAAAACAGAUUGUAUUGCAAACCCUGUCAACUACCUGUUAACUAAUUUUCAUUUCAAUCAUUUCAAGUUGAUCUAAAAACAUGCAUACAUACAUACUCGUACAUACUCCUUUGAAAGCAAGCAAAGCAAUUAUAAACUGACUUAGAUAUAUAGUUUAAAAAUUAGUCAAAUUAAAUGGAAAAGCGAUGAAUGUGUUGAAAACAAAAUUGGCAUUAAAUAAAGCGAGACAAAUGUCGUUGUAGUUACAAACAACAGUUA